AUGGAUUCGUUUAGGAAACAAUUGGAUGUGUUAAUGGGAGCCAAUCGAAACGGCGAUGUCGCAGAGGUGGAUCGCAAGUACUUCGACCGUGAUGUCUGUCGUCUCUUCCUCUCUGGUCUUUGCCCCCACGAGCUCUUCCAACUCACUAAAAUGGACAUGGGACCUUGCCCGAAGGUGCACUCUUUGCAGUUGAGGAAAGAAUACGAGGAAGCGAAGGCAAAAGGUACUGAUAAUUACGACAGGGAUUUGGAGGAUGUCAUUGAUAGACUUAUUGUUGAGUGUGAUCGAAAAAUUGCGAGAGCUCUUAAGAGGCUUGAUGAUGAAGAUGCUAAGGCUGCUAUUGCCAUUUCCGUUUCAGAAGUUACACAGACACCAGAAAUAGUUGAGAUGUCUAAAGAAAUUAAGGAGAAGCUGAAAGAAGCUGAUCUACAUGAUCUUGAAGGCAAGACAGAUUUGAAGAUUCGUGCUCUUGAAGUGGUGGAAGAGCUGAGAACUAAAAGAGCAGACAAGCAGUCUAUGCUACUUUUGGAUGCCUUCAACAAGGACCGAGCCUCGCUACCGCAGCCUCUUACAAAUGCUCCCCAAGCGGCAACUGCUGCUGCUUCUGCUCCUCCAGAUCCUCGUAUACAGGAGAUGAUAAAUGAGAAGCUAAAGAAAGCAGAGGAUCUUGGUGAACAAGGUAUGAUUGAUGAAGCCCAGAAAGCAUUGGAUGAGGCUGAGGCACUUAAGAAGCUCCCUACACGGCAGGAGCCUGUUGCGGAUUCCUCCAAGUACACUGCUGCAGAUGUGAGAAUUACCGAUCAGAAGCUACGCGUCUGUGACAUAUGUGGGGCAUUUUUGAGUGUUUAUGACAGUGAUCGUCGUCUAGCCGAUCAUUUUGGAGGGAAGCUUCACUUGGGCUAUAUGCAAAUUCGUGAAAAGUUGGCUGAACUUCAGCUUGUGGGGGCAAUUCAUGCUCUAGGUCCUCAGUUUAGAUGGGCUCUGAAGAGAGAAACAAGAAGCGAAAAGUCUAUGAAGAAGAAAGGAGAUCAAAAGAGCGUAGAAGUCAUGAUCGCGAAUCAAGUAGAGAUAGGGAACAUGGAGACAGUCGUGAAAGAGGCAGGGAUCGUGAUCAGAGGAGCCGGGAUCGUGAUAGGUAUCAUGACCGUGAUCGUACCUAUAGGGAAAGAGAUCGUUCUCACAGCUAUGAUUCAAGGAGUCGCCGUCGAUCACGUUCACGAUCAAGAGAGCGCUCUAGAGAUUAUGAUCGCCACAGGCGUUCUGACCGAUAUUAGCUUCAUGCGGCUGAGAGUUCCUCCUUUAUUGGUUGGUUACUACUGUAAAGGUGGGACUUUUUUGGUGUCAAAGAUCAUCAGGAUGAGAGAAGGCGAUGCAUCCCGGAAUGGGGCUAAAGCUUUGAAAUUUGCUGAUCAAAAUCAGGUGCCCAAUAGAGGGUUCAGCAGCAAGAACAAUGUGAAAGGGGCUAAUAAUGGCAAUCUUUCCAAGGUGAAGUCUUCGUGGGGUUCCCAAAUUGUGAAGGGUUUUUCAGGGGAGAAGAAGGGUAAGCAGCAGACAGUAUCACAGAGCAAGCAGGUUCCACUCACGAGCUCUAAUGUCGCAAACCAGAAAAUCCCAUUUGGGCUAACUCAGUCUAGAGCUAAAAGGUCUCUCAUGGGUGACUUAUCAUGUACUGUAAGCGGUGCUCAGGUUCAUCCCCACACGUUUAAUGCGAAAAAGUCUUCUCCAGGUUCUCGGGAUUUGUUUCUUGAGCUUGAUAAUCUUAGGAGCUUGCUGCAAGAAUCAAAAGACAGGGAGUUCAAAUUGCAAGCUGAGCUGUCUGAGUGCAAGAGGAAUCCCAAGGUUUUUGAGCUGGAAAGGGAGCUUGAGCUGAAAAGAGGUGAAAUUGAUAGGGUUGUGGAGAAAGUCAGGUUGCUAGAAUCUCAAAAUUUGAGCCUUGCUGAACAGUUGGCGUCGUUGAAUUCUAGUUCCGGGAGGGAAAAUGAGGUGCCCAAAAGGGAAGUUUGUGAAAACUUGAGUAGUGUGGAAAUGGAGGUUGUUGAGCUGAGGCGCUUGAACAAGGAGCUCCAGUUACAGAAGAGAAAUCUUGCUUGCAGGCUUUCUUCACUGGAAUCCCAGAUUGCCACCUCGCCUAAAGUUUCUGAGAUUGAUAUUGUGGAGAAGAUUAAAGAGGAGGCUUCCUUGCUUAGAUACACGAAUCAGGAUUUGUGCAAACAAGUUGAAGGGCUUCAAUUGAGUCGUCUGAAUGAGGUUGAGGAAGUUGCCUAUUUAAGAUGGGUGAACUCAUGUCUGCGGAAUGAGCUGCGCAACUGUCAGAACUCAAAAUUUGAUACAGAGUCUAGUCCCCAAGUCACUGAGAGGCCUCGGGAUUCAGUUGGCCUAUCAUCUCAUGGAAGUGACAACUCUAGUCAAGGCAGUAACUUGAGAUUAAGUCUUGUUAAGAAGUUAAAGAAAUGGCCUAUCACUGAUGAAGAUAUGCGACAACUCGAGUUUAAUGAUGAUUUUAGUAAUCAUAGUUGGGAUGAUUCUCAGAAUCCUGUUAGGAGGCACUCGAUCAGCGGGUUCAAAUUCUGUUCAGAAAAUUUCAUGCUUGACAAGAGAAGACAAUCUGAUGGUUUUAUUUGCUUCAAAGAAGGGGAGAAAGAAGUCCAGUCACUAGAUUCGCAGAAGUACAAUCCAAGAGUUACUCAAAGAUCUGAAUUCCUUAGUGGCAGCCAAGAAGCUUGCACAGUGACUGCUUCUCUGGCAGUUGAGAAAAGGGCAUUGCGCAUUCCAAAUCCUCCUCCAAGACCUUCAUGCUCUGCACCAAGCACUGAGCAAGCACAAAUUCCUUCUCAAAUCCCACCACCUCCUCCUGUCCCUCCUCCUCCACCACCUCCUCCAAAGUUGUUGGGGGGCAAUAUGACAGGAAAGGUAAAACGUGCUCCGCAAGUGGUUGAAUUUUAUCAUUCUCUAAUGAAAAGGGACACCAGGAAGGAUUCAUUAAAUGGCGGGACAUGUGAUGCCUCAGAUGUUGCAAAUGUCCGAAGUAACAUGAUUGGUGAAAUAGAGAACCGUUCAUCAUACUUGCUUGCAAUUAAGGCAGACGUUGAGACUCAAGGAGAGUUUGUAAACUCCCUCAUAGAAGAGGUGAACAAUGCCAUGUAUCAGAACAUUGAAGAUGUGGUAUCUUUUGUGAAGUGGCUGGAUGAUGAGCUCUGCUUUCUUGUGGAUGAGAGGGCAGUUCUCAAGCAUUUUGAAUGGCCAGAAAAGAAAGCUGACACAUUACGUGAGGCUGCAUUUGGAUAUAGGGAUCUGAAAAAUUUACAGCAUGAAAUUGAACAUUAUAGAGAUGAUCCUCAUUUGUCUUGUGACGCAGCUUUGAGGAAACUGGUCUCUUUGUCAGAAAAGAUGGAGCGCAUGGUGUAUAAUCUUCUUGGAAUGAGAGAUUUGUUGAUCCGACGCUGCAAGGAGUUCCAAAUUCCGACUGACUGGAUGCAUGACAAUGGAAUUCUGAGCAAAAUAAAAUUUGCCUCUGUGAAACUGGCUAAGAUGUACAUGAAGAGGGUAGCUUUGGAACUGCAAAGCAAAGGAACAUCAGAGAAGGACUCUUCUCUGGAUUAUAUGCUGCUGCAGGGAGUCAGAUUUGCUUUUCGAAUCCAUCAGUUUGCUGGAGGAUUUGAUGCGGAAACAAUGCAUGCAUUUGAGGAGCUUCGCAAGCUUUCUCGUGUUGAAUAG